CAACCCGUGUCUUGUUGGUUUUAGCACUGUAUUAUUUUGGUGAAAAUCUCCCUGCCGAUGCUACUAUCGACUUCUUCGCCAAGCGAGUGGAAUUAAGACUACGAGAACAUCAACGGGAUAUUUUGAAAAGAUUUGUUGUGAAGUAUAAAUGCACAAAUUACAUGCAAAAAACAUUCAUUCAAAAGCGAAGCAUGUUCCUAGACCUCCGGAUUCGGCUGACCAAGCAAAGUAUAAUUUUUCUACUGGAUGCCCUAGCAGAAUGCUUAGAAAAUGCUUCUUUUAUGAGUUAUAAUAAUGAAACUGGUUUUCCCGGAGCUACUACAUCAAGUGCCAGUAUGGGUGAUAUCAUCACAGCUACAACAGAGACUUCUGUGUGGUGGCCGGUCGACGACCCUUGCAGCAACUACACUGUCUUAGACCAGCCGUGGAGAAAUGUAGCUAACGGGAAAAACUAUGCCCACAAAUGCGACGACGAAUACGAUGGGUUUGUCAAGCAGUGGUACCGUCUCAUUGGGGGAGCCGGAACAGGGAUACCGUCCACGUGCCAAGCAACCAACCACUGCGGCGCCUAUGUCCCUAUCUAUCUGAACGGAGACCUCCCGAACGCCACGGGUGCCGUGGUCACUAUUCCUCUCUGUGGGACCCACGUGAACGGAUGCUGUGACCCUGACUGGCCCACAUAUAACAUACCGCACUCCUUACGGGCCAAACACUGCGGGGGGUACUUCGUGUACGAGCUGGAGCCGACUACAGGGUGUUACGCCGCCUAUUGUGGAACAGACUUGUAAUGGGGCAGGGGUUCAAGGAUUAACCUCCCCCCUCCCCCAUUUCGAAGGAUUUAAUGAUGGAAGGUAGAAAAUUGAUUCUGAAUUAUGGGAUUUAAUGAUGGAAGGUAGAAAAUUGUCGACUACAAGAUGUUACGUGACCUACUGUAGCAAAAGAUUUGUAAUGCGAUAGGGGUCCAGGGGCUAACAGCCCCCCCCCCCCAUGAUAAAAGGUAGAAAAUUUAUUAGAAAAUGAC